GGUCAGGCUUGUUGUUCAGCAUGGCGUCCCUCAUCGGGUUGUUGUCCGGUUUUGGACGGCCGUUCCAAAAGUUGCUGGCUGGCCCGGCGGCCACCAGCUGUGCUCAGCUCCCAGCGCGCGGGUACAGGGAAGUGGUAGAAAUCCAAGAAGGGAAGACAACUAUAAUCGAAGGCCGCAUCACAGAGACUCCCAAGGAGAGUCCCAGUCCCCCUAACCCCUCUGGGCAGUGCCCCAUCUGCCGCUGGAACUUGAAGCACAAGUAUGGCUAUGAGGACGUUCUGCUGCUCAGUCAGUUCAUUCGGCCCCAUGGGGGUAUGCUGCCCCGUAAGAUCACCGGCCUGUGCCAGGAGGAGCACCGCAAGAUUGAGGAGUGUGUGAAGAUGGCCCACCGUGCAGGUCUGUUGCCGAAUCACAGGCCUCUGCUGCCUGAAGGUGUUGUUCCGAAGAGCAAACCACAGCUGAACCGCUACCUGACCCGCUGGUCUCCCCGCUCCGUCAAGCCCAUCUAUAACAAAGGCCACCGCUGGAACAAGGUGUGCAUGCCCGUGGGCUCACCGCUCUUGAAGGACAAUGUCUCCUACUCAAGAACACCUUUGAAGCUGUAUCACUGACCAUGUGCCCAGCUUCCAGAGACUGGCCAGUGCCCCACCCCCCACGUCUACACCAUGCUUUGGGAAGCCAGCUUGCAAACCCUCAGCCAAACCUCACUCCUGCGCUCCCCACAGGAUGACCUCCAGUGGCACAAGGAACAGUGGACUAACUCCAGUUCUUUGAGGUUGCCCAAAUGCAACACUGGGAACUGCAGGCAGACAGUUGCUCUGAUGCACUAGAUUGGUUCCAGUGGCUGUGCCCAGUGCUGAGGGACAAGGGGCUUGCCUGAAGGAACAUCAUAAACCAGGCAGGUGGGCUUC